CGACUCAGUAGUGCGCACCCAUGACCCCGCCGGGGGUCGAACCCAGGACCUUCGGGUCUCGUUGCCAGCACGUUACCAUUGAGCCACUGGUCCACAUUUCCUGCUUUGAUCCCUGGCAGGCUCAUGGGCGCGCACUGCUGAGGAGUCCGAUAAUAGGGCGAAACAGCUGUCCAGUGCACCUAGGUUUCCAAUGUUCCUCACACUGAUGUUAGUUCAUAAUGAAUUGUAACCCAAAAUCAGUUAAUAAAACUCCACAAACUUCCAGAUAGAAUCAAUUAUUUUUCAAUGUAUAGUGAUUUAAGGUCUCAGUACUUCCAAACAUGUUUAAAAAUAAACUAGAUGGAGUUGUGAUUUACUUGUAGCAUAAUAAUACUUCGCGAUACCACUAUUUCAUGUCUUUCAAUAGUGUUGGAGUUUUAAAAAUUAGAACGUCUACUUAUCAAAUCCAGAUUCAUUUUUAAUUUUCACUUUCAACCAGUCAGACAAUACUCGGUUGGCAAUAGUUGCUCCGAUGACCGUCAAAAUGCAAGCUGUGAAACCCAUCGUAACUGGCAAACAAGACAACAAAAUUAACUUCAAACAUUUCGUCAAGGUUUGGCCAACAUACCUUCGUCAUAGUGCAUUCGUGAAGCCUUGUGCACGCCCUUAUAUAUCAAAACCUAUUCCUCUGGUUUCUUUCGAACAGACAUUAGAGAAGAAUUAUGAUGGGUGUGAAAAUAUGGUGAAAUCAAAACGACCAUCUGGAGAUGAACAAGAACGAAUUAACCAGCUUUUCGAGCAUCUUUGGACUUCAACAGGGAAGAUUUUUGUUCGUAUCAUUGAAGUUCCAUGA